AUGAAGUUCAAUUCUGAAGUCUCAGAGAACAGAUUUCUGGGAAGCAUCUCUGCUUCCGUUUCUCCGCUCAAGAGCUUAUUUCCCAAAUCAAGGCAGAGGAUGAAUUCAAACCACCGUUCAAGGCCCAAAUUGAACAGUGAAAAUAUCGCACCGGUAAAUCCAAACAUCCAGAUUAGUGACCCCCCUUUGUCAGCUUCAAUUCCAUUCCCAAAGAAAUCAUACGCUGAACCCAAAGUAAAUCCCUAUACGGAAGAAUUUACCUCAUCUGUUGUACAACAAAAAUUACCUUCAGAUCCAGAUACAGCGGUCAAGGUUGUAUUGAGGAUUAGGCCAGCUAAUGGCCUUGGAAAUGGAGAUGGAAUGGUUAAGAAAGUUUCUGAGGAUUCAGUAUCUGUUGGUGACAGAACGUACACGUUUGAUUCAGUUUUAGACUCAAAAUCAUCUCAGGAGGAUGUGUAUCAAUUAGUUGGCACCGGUUUAGUUAAGGAUGCAUUGGCAGGUUACAACACAUCGAUAUUGGCUUAUGGACAGACUGGGAGUGGAAAGACUUACACAAUGUGGGGACCCCCCAGUGCAAUAGUUGAAAAUGGUCCAUCAGUCAGUGGUCUUCAGGGCAUUGUGCCACGCAUUUUCCGGAGUCUCUUCUCUGAGAUUCAAAAGGAACAGGAGAAUUCUGGUGGUAAACAGAUAAAUUAUCUGUGCCGGUGCUCCUUUCUUGAGGUGUACAAUGAAAAAAUCGGGGAUCUGCUUGAUCCGACACAGAGAAAUCUAGAGAUAAAGGAUGAUGAAAAAGUUGGAUUUUAUGUUGAGAAUUUAACCGAAGAGUAUGUCACCGGCUACGAGGAUGUCGUCCAAAUUUUGAUCAAGGGGCUGUCAAGUAGAAAGGUUGGAUCAACAAGUAUAAAUUCAAAGAGUUCAAGAUCCCACAUUAUAUUUACAUGCAUAAUCGAGUCCUGGUGCAAGGAAUCCUCGUCAAAGUGCUUUGGUAGUUCUAAGACUAGCAGAAUCACCUUGGUAGACCUGGCCGGAUUUGAGAGAAAUGUGCUUGAUGGUGCUACUAAAGAGAACGUGAAAGAAGGAAAAUACAUAAAGAAGUCCAUGUCACAACUUGGGCACUUGGUAAAUAUAGUUGCAGAAAUAAGUCACAAUGGGAAAUCUGAAGACGUUCCAUUUAGAAGUUCCUGUCUAACUCAUCUACUGAGAGAAUCAUUUGGCGGCAAUGCUAAACUCUCCAUUAUCUGUGCCAUUGCUCCGGAUAACAAGUGCAGUGGUGAAACCUUAAGGACACUCAGAUUCGCACAGAGGGCAAAGCUCAUGAAGAAUGAGCCUAUAGUUAAUUUAAUAGCAGAAGAUGAUGUUAAUGAUUUGAGCGAUCAGAUUCGGCAGCUGAAGGAACAACUUAUAAGAGCCAAGUUUAGUUCGUACAACUCAUUCAGAAGCAACAGUGGACGUUCCAAAGGACGAAGUGCACGUGAAAGCUUGAAUCAGUUAAGAUUGAGCCUGAACCGUUCACUGAUCUUACCUCAGAUAGACAAUGGUUCUAAAGAAGAAUUAUGCAUCAAUGAGGAAGAUGUGAAAGAACUAGGACUUCAGAUCGAUAAUUUGACUAGUUCUGAGAAUGGAGAGUUCUCCCAAUUAUACUCUGCAGAGGGCAGUGAGGCAGACUUGACAUGUGAACAUUAUUUAAGCUGUUCAGAAGAAAGUGAAAAUGAAGAAAUAAAGUCAAGAGUAACUCAAAGAGAAUUGCUACGUCCAGAUAAUACUGUGUCUGUGCCUGACCCUGAUAACCUUUCUAAGAAAUCAAUGGCCAUCAAUUCUACUUCAAGGAGGAGCCUGACAAUCGGUGGAAGCAAUCAACCUGCAGUCCUGGAAGAUCCCGUGUUAUCUGAGAGUCCAAAAAUAAGCAAUUCCCAAAGGAGAAGCACAGUUUUCUCAUCAAAUAAUCUUCCCAAACAGGAUGAUGUGAUAGAGUCUUCCAGAAAUCAGGAAGUGUUACAGCAGUCACACCAACAAUGUGAUCAGAAUAAUUCCUCUUUAAGGUCAAGUAGAAUGUUUCCAGGAACCACGGAGUCCUUGGCUGCUAGCCUGAACAGAGGCUUACAGAUAAUUGACUGUCACAAGAAGAACUCCGCUUCAACUAGAUCAUCUGUUUCCUUCUCUUUUAAACACUUGGCCCUCAAUUCAUGUCCAUCAACCAAUAAGGAAAAUGCUUCUGUUCAAACCUUGCCAGAAGAUGGACAAUCAUCUGGUGCACCAUCUGCUUCAUUUGUGUGCAUAAAAUGCAAGCGUGGAGGAAUUGCUGCUGCUGAUGAAAUUGAGGAUGGCUUGAAAACAUGGAUGGUACCAGUGGAUAAGUCAGAAAUUUUAGAUGGAUUGGCAACUCAAAUAACCAAGGGUACAGAGAAUGAUUUAGCUCUGGCCUUGGAGAGAGAGAGGGAGCUUGAUAGCGUUUGUAAGAAGCAAGAAGCUAAAAUUGAGCAUCUAAACCAAUUGCUUGAGCAAUACAAAUGCAAGAAUGAUCAGAACAGUGGAUGUUGUAACUCUUCUAGUCUUUCUGACAUGAAGGACCAACUGCCACCAAUCUAUGAGCAUGAAAACGAGAUAUGCCACUCGCAAAAUAGUCAUGAGAAGCUUCUGGGAUGGAGCAAUGAUGAGAAUCAUGAGCCAGAGUUUAUAAAGGAGAAGUGUGAAAUAAAAGAAGUCCAUGAGGACAUAGAUCCUCGCAUGAAGAAGUCUUUUGAUGUGAAAGAGAGGGAGGCUUUUCUCAAGGAAAUUGAAAUUCUUCGAAGUCAAUUGAAGUCAUGCACUGAACCACCCGCAAACAAAUCAACCGACAGGCUUAGAUCCUCUUUGUUGUUACAAUCUAUCCAGUUGAGGAGAAGUAGCACAUAUGCUCAAGGUAAUAAUGAGGAAGAAUUCGAGAAGGAAAGAGAAAGGUGGAUGGAAAUGGAGAGUGAGUGGAUUUCAUUGACUGAUGAAUUGAGAAUUGAUCUGGAGUCCAUCCGUCAAAGAGCAGAAAAGGCAGAGAUGGAAUUAAGAUUAGAGAAGAAGUGUACAGAGGAAUUGGAUGAUGUACUAAAAAGAUCUGUUCUUGGGCAGGCUAGAAUGGUUGAACAUUAUGCUGAACUGCAGGAGAAGUAUGAUGAUUUGGUUGGAAAGCAUCGAGCAAUUAUGGAAGGGAUAGCAGAGGUGAAAAGGGCAGCUAAAAAAGCAGGAGCUAAAGGUCAUGGUUCUCGUUUUGCCAAGUCCCUUGUGGCAGAGCUUUCCACUUUGAGGGUGGAAAGAGAGAGGGAAAGGGAGUUAUUGAAGAAGGAGAAUCAAAGUCUUAAAAUUCAACUCAAAGACACAGCAGAAGCUGUACAUGCUGCAGGUGAACUUCUUGUUAGGCUGAGAGAAGCAGAGGAAGCAGCUUCAGUUGCUGAGGAGAAGAAUACAGCAAUACUGGAAGAAAAUGACAAGCUAAAGAAACAGAUAGAAAAACUAAAGAGAAAGCAUAAGAUGGAGAUGAUCACUAUGAAACAGUACCUGGCAGGGAGCAGAUUGCCUGAGGCUGCAUUGCGUCCGUUAUACAGGGAAGAUUCCGACAUAAUGGACCAUGAUACAACCACACUGCAGCAUGAUGAUGAUGAUCAGGCUUGGAGGGCAGAAUUUGGGGCAAUAUAUCAAGAGCACUACUGA